AUGGCUUCAUCUGAUUCUUCUCACUUCUUGAACAACUUUAAGAUUCCCGAUUACAUUCUUGUAUCUGAGUCCAAGGUUGAUGAUGCUGGUGAUCGUGAUCCUCAGUGUCCGGUGUUGGUUUUUGUUAACUCCAAGAGUGGUGGUCAGCUUGGAGGGGACCUCUUGAAAACGUACCGUGCUGUUCUUAAUGAAAAACAGGUCUUUGAUUUGGGGGAACAGUCUCCUGAUAAGGCGCUGAUAUCAAUCUAUGCUAAUUUGGAAAGCCUCAAGCUUCGGGGUGAUCAAUUUGCUGCAAAGAUUAUGAAGAGGUUGAAGUUGAUUGUUGCAGGGGGUGAUGGAACAGCAGGGUGGCUGCUUGGAGUUGUUUGUGAUCUCAGAUUAUCUCAUCCUCCACCGAUAGCCACGGUUCCCUUGGGCACAGGGAAUAAUCUACCUUUUGCGUUUGGCUGGGGGAAGAGGAACCCGGGGACAGAUCAACGCUCAGUUGAGGCAUUUUUAGACCAAGUCAUGAAAGCUAAGGAAAUGAAAAUAGACAACUGGCACAUUCUCAUGAGGAUGCGAGCUCCAAAAGACGGUCCCUGUGAUCCAAUUCCACCACUUGAGCUACCUCAUUCUUUGCAUGCCUUCCAUCGUGUAUCUGAAGGAGAUGAACUUAAUAUGGUAGGUUGCCACACUUUUCGUGGGGGAUUUUGGAAUUACUUCAGCAUGGGAAUGGAUGCUCAAGUGUCUUAUGCAUUUCAUUCUGAACGAAAGUUGAAUCCUGAAAAAUUCAAAAACCAGUUGGUUAAUCAGAGUACUUAUGCUAAGCUUGGAUGCACACAAGGAUGGUUUAUGGCUUCUCUAUUCCAUCCUGCUUCUAGGAACAUAGCACAACUUGCAAAAGUAAAAAUCAUGAAGAGACAUGGUCAAUGGCAAGACCUAUACAUACCUCCCAGCAUCCGGUCAAUUGUAUGCCUUAACUUGCCCAGCUUUUCUGGUGGAUUGAAUCCAUGGGGUACGCCGAACACGAAGAAGCAGCGUGAUAGAGAUUUGACACCACCAUAUGUAGAUGAUGGCCUUCUGGAGGUUGUUGGUUUUAGAGAUGCGUGGCAUGGGCUUGUUUUGCUUGCUCCAAAGGGACAUGGAACUCGUCUUGCUCAGGCACACAGAAUCCAGUUUGAGUUUCGCAAAGGUGCAGCUGAUCAUACAUUCAUGAGGAUCGAUGGGGAACCUUGGAAGCAACCUCUUCCAGUUGAUGAUGAUACUGUUGUGGUAGAGAUUUCUCACCUUGGCCAGGUUAACAUGCUUGCCACUCUUAAUUGCAAGUCAAAAAGUGUGUAUGAUCCGUCAUCACCACACCGCCAUGACGAUGAGGAAGAUGACAGUGAUGAAGAAGACUCUAUAGCAGAGGAAUUUCGGAAGUUUGGUGCAGCAGAUACAUUUAGAAUCCCAGAUGAGGUCGAUCUUUCUCAUCUUAGUUAGGUCCUUCACUAGUAAGCCAUUCUUUAAUGUUAUGCGGUUUACAUUUCCUACACCAGUUAACCCCUUACAAAUAUUUGUUUUUGUUUCUACCAAUAUUACAACGGAUUUGCUCAAUUCUAUCAGCGAACGGGAUACUUGUAUUGAGAUACAAUAAU